GAGUCUGGGUCGCCUCCUAGCGGACUGUCAAUCAGGAACAAGAAGGACUGCAGCAGUCUUGCUUCUUGUCUGGUGCCCUACCUCGUGCAUUUGGCGGCCUGGCCACGUGUCAUGCUGCAGCAGCUCCAGCCUCGACACAAGCGUCUCCAUCGUCUAUCUGAUCUGUUGGCAUUUGCAAACGAUGCAAACUGGAAAACGGUUAUUCGGCGAGCCGGUGGGCCCGAGUUCACAGCACACGCAUGGCUUGUGGCCAGUUUGGAGGAGUAUGGAAAACAUGUGCAACCACCACUAAACCCCGUUGUCAUGUCGACCUUUCAUCUACACGCGAUUCGAGGCUAA